AUGGAGAGCCGAGGGAGGCGGCCGCGGAGCCCGGAGCGGCAGAGGCCGACGGCGAGGAAGGUGCCCGUGGUCUACUACCUCACGCGGAGCCGCCACCUCGAGCACCCGCACUUCGUCGAGGUGCCGGCGUCCUCCUCCACGGAGGGACUCUACCUCAGAGAUGUGAUCAACCACCUCAACACGGUGCGCGGCAAGGGCAUGGCCGCCAUGUACUCGUGGUCUUGCAAGAGGAGCUACAAGAACGGGUUCGUGUGGCACGACCUCGCUGAGGAUGACCUCGUCCUCCCGGCCACUGACGGAGAGUAUGUGCUCAAGGGCUCCGAGCUCCUGGACCAACCUUCUUCAGGUCAAUUUUACCAUGGCAGUAAUGGUAACCAGAAGCAGCAGAGCAGGCUGAAAGAGGGUACAAGGUUGCCACUGUCAAGGGAGGCUUCAUUUUCCUCCUCCCCUCCUAGUGUGACAGUUAGAGAAGCCAAGCCACAGCGUGCGCCUUCAGUGCCCUCCCCGGACGAGGAAGGUUCCCCCUCGCCAUGCCGGGGUAACUCCUCGGAGACCAUGUCACCUGAGUCUGAGCCCCAGAGGACUGUCAUGUCAAGGGCUAGCCCGGUCAAUCCAGCAGAAUUCAGGGUUUACAAGCCCACCGGCUCGAUGGAUGCCGCAACUCAAACCGAUGACCUUGGGAGAAGAUCAGCCCGGAAGUUACCUGAGAUGCAUAAGAAGAGCCUGAGCACUGAUCACGACUCGGUGGUUCGUGAAGUUACCGAGUACCGGAACCAGAGCUAUCCGCGCCGAUCAGCAGAGCUCCAGGGGAUUUCCAGGGAUGUCAUGUCCCAGUGUCCUACUCCACUGAGCAUAGCUUCCACCCAUGGCAAGUCCGAGAGUCUAGAGUCGUUGAUACGAGCUGACAACGCUGCGACAAAUAGCUUCAGAAUUCCUGAAGAGGAUGACAUUGUUGUGCCGACCUGCCCGAAGCUGAGGCCAGCGAAUGUACUGAUGCAGCUCAUCACUUGUGGUUCACUUUCAGUGAAAGAUCAUGACAAUAUUGGACUUGUGGGGGCUUACAAGCCAAGGUUCCCGAACCUGAAGUUCCCCUCGCCGUUAAUUUCUCGCUCCAUGAUGAUGGGUGAGCUUGAUUACCUAUCAGAGAAUCCCAGAUUCAUAGGGACGCGGUUUGAAGAUAAGGAGUAUUUUAGCGGGAGCAUUAUUGAGACUAAGACGCAGAGAGACGUUCCCGCUGAGAAGCACUCAGUCCUUAAGCGGUCUUCUUCCUACAACGCAGAAAGGGGCAGUGACACCCUCUGUGACUGCGCAAGACCUGAUGAAGAAGAUACUGUAUCGCGCUCAAGGUGCCUACCGCUGACGCCGAUACUGUCGUCGUUCCUGCACCCGAAGAACGAGGUGCAGAAUUCCCCGAUCUCAGACUGCCGGAGGAGCUCCUCGGCCGGGCCAGACUCCAGCUUGGCCUCUGGGGACGGCGGAAGCAAGAGGUUCACCGACGCCUCGGUUGCGCCGGCGACAGCGAGGAUAGACUCCUUCAGGAAGGAGAAUAAGGAGAAGCUCGUCAAGAUUGAAGAAAGUUAAGUGCUCCAACCUUUUGCCAGUAGACUGGGCUGUCGUCAGGAGCUCGCGUCGUGAUCCAGUGCACCGUGCCUUGUGAUGACAGUGACGAAGGUUAAAUUCUGAAGAUUUACUUGCAGUUGCCGGCUUGCAGCUAAUAUACCUGGUCGCGUGGUGUAGGGUUUCUCUUUAGACAAGUUGCCGAAGAAAGGAGAAGUGCAUUGUUGUAUUAGGCGUGCAAUCUGUUCAGUGUAAUUUAUUUAUUUUCCUUUCUUUCAUGUCUUUGAAUUUUUGUUUUUAUCACAG